GCUUGCGUUACAGCUGCUCCCAUUCAAAGUUCAAAGAUUAUGUAUUUUAUGAUGUUCUGUCAUGGAGUUUAUCACUUCACUGCUAAAAGAAAAGAAAGCAGUCUCACUGCCAGCUGCAAUUUCUUAUCUUGAUUUGCAGACUUUGUUAAUUUUGGUCAAAACUGUAGCUGCCGCUAAAUUGAUCAAAAUCACUGUAUUUAAAAAAAAAAAACAAGAUAAAAAUUGGUUACAUAUAAACAUUGUAACUGAUUAAUCUUUUUUUUAAAUUUAUUUAUUUAUACAGUGAUUUUGAUCAUUUCACCUGCAGCCACAGUUAUGACCAGUGGUAUCCUGGCCCUCGCAGGAAGCAGCUUAGGUACAAACACCUUCUCUGCCUACGACUCUGAAAUCAUACUGCAUGCACGAUGUGACUCUCCCCUUUAAAUGUUGUCCUUCUUUCCUCACCCAUCCAUCCAUCCAUCCAUCCUCAUUCUUCCAUCCAUUCAUCCAUGUCCAUAUGUCAGCCUGUCCAUUUGUCCAUCCAUCCCUGUCUGUCCAUCUUUCCCCAUCCAUCUGGAUGGACAUAGGGGCAGUGCUUGUUCAUAGGGCAGUGUUGUUAGGUUGUACCCCUCAACCUGCCUUAGUCCACCUCUUGUCUCAUACAUGAUAAUAGCAAUAAAAAACCACAACUAAAUACACACAUUUGUUGUACAUACAUGAAGUACAUUCCAGUACAUACAUUUGUAAAAUAUUUCAAAUAAACUGCUAUCACAUUGUCACUAUGGGGUGUUGUUUGUAGAAGUUUUGAGGAAAAUAAUGAAUUUAAUCCAUUUUGGAAUAAGGCUGCAACAUCAUAAAAUGUGGAACCAAGUGAAGUGCUGUGAAUGUUUCCCUGUACAUUAAAUCAAGUUCAGUCAAGUUAUUUUUUAUUAGCUCCUGCUGCUCACACAGAGGUUUAACAACAUGCAUCAGUUAACCUGAAAUCCGUCAGAGAAAGUGGGCCUCUGCUGCUCUGCUGCCGCUCGGCGUGCAGCGGGACUGAUCACGUGGGUAGGGGCUUGCGCAUGCGCGGUGUCGGCGGUGCUGCUUAUGGAGAGAAGAUGCCCACUGCCAUCAUCCCCGCGUAGUGCAGGAGAGCUGCGAACCGGUCAUAUUUACCGCAGACACCACACACUCCGCUGCAUGUUGUGGUCCGACACAGGAAGCCUGAUGUCUGUGGCAAAUGCGAAACACACUGUCCUGAAUCCGGUGAUCCCGUACACGGGGCCCAUACCUGGAGGCCUGCACCCUGGGGAGAUCAUCAUCAUCCAGGGCACGGUGCCGCCAGAUGCUGACAGAUUUCAGAUGGACCUGUCGAGCGGCUGCAGCACCAAGCCGCGCUCUGACGUCGCCCUCCACUUCAGCCCUCGCUUCAAAGGCCCGCCCUGUGUGGUGUGUAACUCCCUGCUGCAGGAGAGCUGGGGCAAAGAGGAAACGCUCCACCAGCUGCCCUACAAACGCGGGGCCCCCUUCGAGACCAUCGUCCUGGUGCACGACGACGUCUUCAAGGUGGCAGUAAACGGCGCCCACCUGCUGGAAUUCAAGCACAAAAUCCCACUGAACAGGGUCGACACAUUUUCUAUAUCUGGGAAUGUCAGGGUGCACGCUAUCGGCUACAUCCCAAACUCAGCAAUAUAUUCAGAAUCAGGUGACCUGAGCCUCCCUUACAAAGGCAGCAUACUCAAAGGACUGAGCCCCGGACAGCACAUCACAAUCAAAGGGCAGGUCAGCGUGUAUCCUCACAGUUUCACAGUGAACCUCCGCAACAGCAGGACUGAGAACAUCGCUCUCCAUCUGAACCCCCGCAUGAAGUCAGGUGUGUUCACCAGGAACUCGUACCUGAGUGAGUCCUGGGGUCAGGAGGAGCGGGAGCUGCCCUUCUUUCCCUUCUCGUCGGGGGAUUACUUUGAGAUUCUCAUCCUGUGUCAGCCCCACCAGUUCAAGCUGGCGGUCAACGGCUCACACCUGUUUGAGUUCAGACAUCGGGUGCAGGACCUGAGCAGCAUUGACCAGCUGGAGAUCAUGGGCGACCUGGAGCUCACCGAUGUCAAACUGUGGUGACUCGGGACUCCAGACUUCCAUGGAAGCCGACGUUACGGACACUGUCGUGUUCUGGUUAUCGAGAAGCUAAAUUAGCUUAGCCACCCAGACAAUGGAAGCUGAGAAUGGCGAGCGCUGUGCUGACUACAGGUCAGACUGGUCUUGCAGCAACCAUAGGUCACUGGUUUAAGCUAGUCUAGCCUUUUUGGUGACAUAGGAUCAUGGAGUAUUGAUGGUCCAUGUUUCCAGCCCUGGCUAGACGACUGAUGCAUGAGAGCUAGCUGUGCUGGAGCAUCAGGCUGUGAGCCGCCAUGACUGUUUACAGCUACAAGUUAGGUUUGCCUUGGUUCAUUUCUGUCUCUAGUGCAUCUCUGCUGUGAUACGCCCUUAGUGCACUGUAUAAUUAAAACAGGAAAUGUGUAAAUGUUAAUAAGCACUCAAGUACUGGCUUUGUUUAAAAGCCAAGACAGUCAGCAAUUACAAACAAUGAAUAAAAUCGAUGGGCUCUUAUUCUUUUGGAGCGAGGCCCAACAAAGGCCCAUUUACUGUACAGCUAAUUUAAAAAGCUUGGAAACAUUUCUCAUCAUUACUAAAUAAUUAGUAGUGGUUAUACUCUUAUUUUCUUUGGAAAACAUUUUGAAUGUAUGCUUACAAUAAUUUUCAUCUGCAAUUGUUUAACAUUAAAUGUUACUUCAAAAUUUUUUUAAAAUCAGUCUGCUACAAAAGGUCGUAAUCCUCAGGAUUUUUUCACUCAUCGCAUCGUGUCAUGCACUUGAAGUCAAUUCAACACGUGAUGGUGCAGCAGAACUCAAGCACAGUGCAGUACAGGGUCAGUUUAAAACAUAACCGUUUCACAUACCGAUUUGCAAACUUUAUGCAAGCUAUAGAAUAUGGUAGGAUCCUGCAUCUGUGAUCAUGUGUUGUCUCACUGCUCUCCCACUCAGUGCUGCAAAGAUCAAUCCUGCUGAUAAAAAAACUCAACUAAUCAAUGUCAAUGUUACUUUUUCGCAUUGUCUGUUGUAACUGUUGUAAAAUAUGUAUGAAAAAUCUUCCCUAUGUAUCAUAAAUGAUUUAUUAACAAAAUAAAUGUGUUCCUACUAUCA